AUGCAGCAACCAGUGGCUCCUGUGCCCACACAGGGUCAACAUGCUCCUCAGCAGCUGGUUGCUCCUCCUGCACCUGCGCCGGCGUAUCCGCCUAUGCAGCCCAUGUACAGACAGCCUCAGCGGCCGAUGGGGUUCGCGAGGGGUGGUUACGGGCAAGGGGGACGCGGACGGGGUGCACCUGGGGGUCAGCCAAUGCGUUGCUUUACCUGUGGCGUGAUCGGACAUAUCUCCAGAUUCUGCCCUAUGACACCGUGGCACACACAGCAGGUGUAUGCGCCUGGACAGAGACCCUCAAAAGAACAACAGUAUCAGCCGCCCAUGCCCCAAGCACCCUAUGCAGCAGCCCCUGCACAGCAUCUAUUUUGUGCAGCCCAGACGGACAAUUCACCUGGUGCAGAGCCUCAGUGGGCUGACAUCUAUUGGGGGCUGGUGCAACCUGAGACAACGAAAGGGGGCGGAGUUUCGUCUUUGUACACUGCUUGGAAGCCCUGGCUCCACAUGUUGCAUCCCUAUGCUCCUCCACCUGACCCGCUCCACGUGACUCUGUUUUAUGACCGUGAUGAGGACUUGGUGUAUCGUGAGGCUUUUGAGGUAAUGGAGGGCAGGGUAGAGCCGACGCAACAGAGAACAGACAUGAUUGAUCGGGUGAAAGGGUACAGAUACCUCCUGGUGGCGGUGGAUGCAUACACCGGCUGGCCUGAGGCUGUACCCGCUAAAAAAGAGGAUGCACAAACAGUAGUGAAGUUUUUGAUUAACCACUACAUUCCCACACAUGGUUUCCCUAAAAAGAUUCGAUCUGAUAAUGGCACACAUUUUAAAAAUAAACAUCUACAAGCAGUAGAAGCCCAGCUGGGUCUAAAACAUGCCUUUGGAACUGUGUAUCACCCACAGUCUCAGGGAAAGGUAGAGAGAAUGAAUCAGACCCUAAAAGGUAAAAUCAGCAAAGUGUGUGCACAAAACAAACUUAGCUGGGUGGAUGCUCUCCCACUGGCUUUGAUGUCAGUAAGGAGCUCAGUUAGUUUGCGGACAGGAUUCACACCAUAUGAACUUAGAUGUGGACAGCAGUUUCCUGGACCAGGAGCUGGUGUUGUUAGAGCACAGGAAACUCCUUUCUUGGCCUAUAAGCCAUAUUAUGAUCAGCUCAGAGCCCUUGUUUCAGCAUUUUCCGCCCAGAUCGCAGAGAUCAGAGGGGGUGAGGUGAAGCCGCUUCCCCCUACCGACGCUGAGUGGGUGCUCCUGAAGGUCAUCAAACGGAAGUGGACGGAACCUAGAUGGACAGGGCCCUUUCAGGUGACGGAGAGGACAACUCACGCAGUUCGACUUAAGGGGAAAGGAAACACCUGGUUUCAUUGGUCAUUGUGUGCUGCAGCAGACCCUCCUGCGAGAACCCGAGCAGACAUUCGCAGGGUUCUGAAAGAACAAGCAUAAACUGUUCCUGGGUGGUAGAAAAAGGAGACAUUUUAUUAUUUAGCUUCGCUAACGCUAAGAGUGUAGAGUCAUUAGGUGUGAAGGCAUAAAACAACUUACGUUGAGAGAAGUUCUGCUCAGCUACAUGGAAGGUAACGGACUCCACUAGAUGGCGCUAUUUUGGCUUAAUAUUCAUUAAUUCUCACUAUAUUGAUGGUUAUGUCGUGUUGUUGUUGUUGUUGUAUUCCCUCCCCUGAAAUAUCUUGCAGUGACGACAAGUCCGUGGAACCUCACCAAGUGACCACGAGAGAUUCCAGAAAAGACACCUAGGUGGUUGGGUAAGUGGAAAGGAGUGCUCGUCUCGAUGGGUGUUUCCCUGGCUGGUAUGUUGUGUGUGGUGGUGUUGGUUGGUUGCUGUUGUAUUCCCUGUAUUAGGUCUCUCUGGAACCACGCCAUCGUGGCCACAUUUGAGAAGCAGGGACCCCACGCUCGCUACCAGGUGGUUGCGCUACCAGAACUUGGGCAUUGUCGCAGAGGUGCCUACACCCUGGCAGUGGCUCCGCAUGGGGAUUCCGUGUGAAGUCCUGGUUUGUUGGUCUCAGGGAGCUGAGACCAAGAGGGGGACUUGUGGAUAUGGGACUCCACACCUCACUCUUAUAUACUCACAAUUGUCACUAUUUACUCAAUCACAUUCAUUUACUUAAUCAUAUUAUAUCAUAUUAAUUUUACUCAGAUAGCCAAAU